AUGUCCCAAGACCGAAGUCUGGGUACCAUGGCUAUGGCGAAGCGGUUCGAUAGUGACUCUUCUGAUGCUGAGAGCGUACGCCAGCCGUGGUGUCCCCCGCCCCCCACGGCACCUGUCCGAGUCAAGAGGAAGGAGGUCGCAAAGCCUGUGCUGCAUCUUCCUCCCUUGCCUCCAGUUCCCCUAUCACCGGGGCGUAUGAAUGAUGAUUCGCCAAAAAGCCCCCUUGAAAGAAUCUGGUCGAAACGCAAGACCAUUCUUGAGCGAGUUGAAGGUUGGUGGGAUCUUGGUCUGCUCGAGAGGAGGCAGACACUAUUUGGAGGAAAAAGGAUUUAA